UGGAGUGAGAAAAUCCCCAAAAAAAAAGUAACUCAAACCCGCGCUAUUCUCCCGCUUCACAAUUUUCAAUUUUCCGCCAAUGGAUUCGGCCAUGUCUACGGAAGAACACGACGAAUGGGAGCUCCGACAUGACGACGGAUUCGUCUACAAAUGCAAGAAGCGCCGCCUCCACCCGCCACCGUCUUCGACGGACACCGACGAGGCCGAGGAGUGGCGGAGAGAGCGCAAGAAGCGAACCCUGUUGAAGCUUAAAGCCAAGUACCAGAGUGAGAUCCUUCAGUGGGACACUUUGUCAAACACCUUGCGCGCAAUGCACAAGGGUGCGCUUCGGCUUCAACAGGAACGCGAACGGGUGCCGGAGCGAACCCCUUCGCUCGCUUAUCCUUGGGAAACGAUAAAGGGUGCGGAUUCUGAUGGUGGGUCAUUGGUUGAUGAGCUUCUUUUGCAGGUGGAAGUCCAGGAAGCAAUAAUUCGUGAUGUUUCAAAUUUAUGUGAUGUAGCAGAAUCAAUGUGCAUUAAACAAGAAGAAGAAUUUAAGCAACUAUUGUUUAAUCUUCCAAUCUGGGCUUCACCUCAUGAGAUCAUGGAAUUGCUAUGCAAUGAUUGAGCAAGUUUUCUCUGCACGUUGUCCUCUUGGUAAUGAAUAUGAAAUUUAAAGGAAGCACUUCCACUAUUUAACUACUAGUCUACUGGUGAUCUUGACCAGUUUCCUUAAUUGUAAUUCUGUAAGAUUAUCAUGCUCUACACUGAUGCCAAUUAGGCUCACCUUUUGUAGAUUGGUAAAUAUCUUUAGAUUAUUUGUAUUUAAGGGUUAUGCACUUGGAAUGAGCAUGU